UGCGACAGUUUGACCUUCAAGUGCCCCAACCCCCAUCAUUGGACGAUACCCCUGAAGCGUUGUCCACACUUUACCACUGUGUACUUUAUUUCAUUUGUUCGUCCAUGUACCAUGGUUUAUGCUUAGAAUUGUUUUUCAUGUCACAGUACUUCAUGUUAUUCAUAUUACCAAAAUAUCUAAAUAUACGGCGGAGUGUAUCAAAGUAAUCACUGAAUAAACCUCAUGAGAUGGAGUAUUUAUUACCUGUAUCGAUGCAGUGUUCAUAUUCGGACAUUCCUAGCUCCAUGAUUUUUCAUAAAACUCAAAAGUGUCCUGAAAGUGUAUCAUCACUCAUCACAACGCUCUUGCUUAAUAUUGCGAAUGAGGCUGUAACGCGGCAGUUACGCACAGUUUUUAUCCGAAAAGAGGCUAUUUUAAAAUAUGAUUUCGUUCACGUUCAUGGUUGCAGUAAACUCGUUACAUCUAAUUGGGAUAAUGUCCACUUCGUAUACCUACCUUCUGAAGAUGCAUUAAUACAUUGGUUCUCACAUGUUCAUAUGGGAAGAGGAUUUGCUGACGUUAUUAUUGUUGAAGGACUGGAUCGUUUCGUAGAAAAUGAUAAUGACUCAUCAUACAUCAUUAGAUUAACUCAUCUACUAGAAGAUACUCGUCAAUUUAUCCAUAGUUUUACGAAAGAGACUGAGCACGGCCAUAACUGUAAACUAAUAGUGUCUUCUAGUCUAAAGAGUUCACAUGCACCCAAAAAAUCUGAUCUUGCACAAAAUUAUCGCGAUGCGCUUCCAGCACAUGCUCUGAUUAAAACGUUUUUAUUGCAGGGAGGAGAUGGGAGUGAUUUAUUUGACUUUUACUCAGUUGAGGAUAAUUGGAAGUUGAAUUUAAAAAGACAAUAUGAUGAAGUUUUCUGGACAACAAACCAAUGAAUUUUCAAUAGAUAAACAAGAACUUGCUUGGUUGUAAAUAUUCAUUAUUAUUUUUAAAUAGAAAUUCGUUUUUACUUUGUGCAUAUAUUUAUUACUGAUUAGCUGUUUUGAGUUACUUAUUUGGUACAUGAAAUCUAGUUUCUGGUGAAUAAAGUCUUAUGUAAAUCAAGAUUUAAUCGCUCAAAAAUAAGUGUUGGCGAGAAACUGGUCAGUUAAAUAACUUCUUAGGUUAUUCAGUGUUACUACAGUGCACCUUAAAGAGUAUGUGAAAUGGUUGAUAGUUCGUUUUCUGAGUAGUGUAGUGUUACAUAUAUUUUCUUUUUUUAUAUUUUUUCCGUCUUCACUAUCCUAUCACUCUGUAACCUCAGUUUAUGAUUCUUUAGUCGGUCACUGGUCAGUAUCAAGAGCCGUAUCGUUUAUUCGCUGAUAACUGUAUUUCGAAUAGCCAGUUUACAAUGUUAUGAUCAAAGUUUUAUUCAGUUUUAUAGUCUAUUGAUUUUGAUGUUAGAUGGAUGGAGGUUAUCGGGCAGUAGUUGCAUAUUUUGUGCUUGUCAGUACACGUGCACGGACGUUAAAGACAUUUAUUUACCCUCAGAAAUUUCACUAUCUAAUUAUUCAGACACCUAACUGAAUGCCGCCUCAGUGAUCUGAGGGUUAAGCGUUCGUCGCAAAACUAAGGGUCUUGAGUUCGAUCGCCUUUGGAGUUGUGACUAUGCACUGAUGAAGAGCUCCAUACUAAGACGAAACAGCUUACCAGAACUUUCUGGUUUGUAGUUGUUGGCUAAGUGAAAUCAGUCCGUGAUGUAAAUUACGAAGACUGUAAUCAUUAAAUUAACAAUACUGGAUGGAAAUCUGACUUGUCAAUCCAUUCUGCUAUUCUCAUGAUAAGUUAAUUUCGAAACAGUUACGAUCAAAUAUGUCUUGUCAAGUUUGUAUGUCAAAACAAAUCCCAACAUGAUUACUUUACAUUGGGUAGCUGAAUAAUCUAUUCAAAGCUUACUACUAUAUAUACUCUCUGUGGGUUAUCUUUCCACUAAACAGACAUGAACUUGUCAAUGGUCGGUUAAUAG